AUGGCACUUCAGCUUCUCAAGUUCCCAAAUCACAUCAUUAUCUCCCGCCGUUUCUGCAGAACUUCAAGCUUCUUCCUUUUAUCCCAGUCCAACUCACAUCAUAAGCUCCCUGCAAGAUGGGUCGGAGUGCCAAUACAUAGAAGCUUUGCUGCUGAGGUUCAACCAGCAAAGAAGAAGAGGAGGCUAGAUGAGGUAUGCCUGGAAAGGUAUCAGCAAUAUAGCCGAACCUUCAUACAAUCAUGGAUCAUACAAGGGAAAGUACUUGUAAAUGGAAAGGUGGUUAACAAAGCGGGGACUCCAGUCUCUGACAAAGCUGUUGUACAGAUAAUGGCUGAAGUCCCAAAAUAUGUAUGUAGAGCAGGACACAAGUUAGAAGCUGCCAUUGAACAGCUAGGUAUUGAUGUUUCUGGCAAAAUAGCUCUUGAUUCAGGGUUGUCAACCGGUGGAUUUACUGACUGUUUACUUCAGUAUGGUGCAUCAUUUGUUUAUGGAGUUGAUGUAGGUUAUGGGCAGGUGGCAGAAAAAAUUCGAACAGAUGAACGUGUUAGUGUGAUAGAACGAACAAAUUUAAGACACCUUCCUGGACUCCCACAAAGAGUUGAUUUGGUGACUUUGGACCUCUCGUUCAUCUCUAUUCUAUUGGUCAUGCCUGCUGUAAUCAAGGUAAUGAAGGAAGAGUCGUCAUUAGUCACCCUGGUCAAACCUCAAUUCGAAGCUCGCAGAUCACAAGUAGGAAGUGGUGGGAUUGUGCGAGAUCCAUUAGUCCAUCAAGAAGUUCUUGAGAGGAUUAUCAAGGGUGUAGAGAAUUUCGGAUUUACCAGCAAAGGAUGGAUUGAGUCUCCUCUUAAGGGUGCUGAGGGAAAUACAGAGUUUCUUGUUCACUUUACUCGGACAGCUAAGAAAAGUGAGGAUGAACUUAAAAUGCUAAAUACGACGGAAUCUGUUCAAUUACCCUAA